AGGAGGCGCCGGGGACGCGUGACUUCAUCAAGCGCGCCGAGCCUAGAGCCCCGCCUUUCUCCGGCCGUCGCGCCGCUGACGAGGCCGCUAUGGAGCAGGCUUUGCGGCUGGGAGCUGGUGUCUCCAAACAGGAAAUUCGUGAAAAGAUUUGGGAUUAUAUGGAAGCACAAAAUAUAGCUGACUUCCCAAGGCCUGUCCAUCAUAGGAUUCCUAAUUUCAAGGGUUCUUAUGAGGCUUGCCAAAAUAUCAGACAGCUAGAAGCCUACUCCAGAAUGCAAGAAGUUAAGGUGGAUCCUGAUAAACCUUUGGAAGGAGUUCGACUAAUAGUACUACAGGGCAGAAAAACUUUGUUAGUUCCUACACCACGAUUGAGAACGGGAUUAUUUAAUAGGAUUGUCCCACCAUCAGGAGCAACAAAAGAAAUCUUAAGAAAAUGUGCCACUUCUCAAGGUGUAAGAAACUACAGCGUACCCAUAGGUUUGGAUUCCAGAGUCCUAGUGGAUUUGAUAGUGGUGGGAUCAGUGGCUGUUUCUGAAAAAGGAUGGAGAAUUGGGAAGGGAGAAGGUUAUGCUGACAUGGAAUAUGCGAUGAUGGUUUCUAUGGGAGCAGUCAGGGAGGAGACACCAGUAGUAACCAUUGUGCAUGACUGCCAGGUGAUUGAUAUGCCUGAAGAGCUGCUUGGUGAUCAUGAUCUAACUGUGGAUUACAUCCUCACUCCCACCAGAGUGAUCGUGACCCACUGUACGAGGCCAAAGCCACAGGGCAUCAUAUGGUCCAUGAUCACUGAGGAGAUGAUGGAAAGAAUCCCGAUCUUAAAGAAUCUUCAUUUCCGAGAGAAGAAAGCAGGGAAAGACAUCACCUUACAGAAGGAACACUUGGCACAUUUGAAAACCAGCCACAGGCGAGCACCCCUCCAGAACACUGGCCAGAUAGUCAGACCUCCAGACAUGGCCCAUUCUUCCCAUCGGGACACUGAGCAAGUAACUUUAAAAACAGAAUCCUCCAGUGUCACCACUGUUUAUGUGGGUAACAUUCCUCAAGGUGCUAGAGUGAGCGAUCUGAAGAGAACUCUUAGGGACUACAAUGCCAUGCCUUUGAGGCUGAAUUGGCAAGGAGCACAGGGCAGGGCUUUCCUUGAUUAUGAGGACCAGGCCACUGCUGAGACUGUCAUCUCUUCUUUAAAAGGCUUAAGCUUUGGUGGGAAUACUUUAUGGGUCAACUUAGCUAGGAAGCAAAAGUGAUCAGAUGGUCCCUGGUAAAGGGGAAAGCAUGCCCUUUCUCAUUGUUUUGUAAAGGUUCUUCAGACAUUUAAAUAGUUUUCCUCAUUUGAUGGUCAGUGGCAUUGGAGGACUGUAUCUGAAUCCCAGGGCCAGAGUACUCUGUGACUCAAUUUCUGUCCUUGGAGAGAUCACAUUACUACUUGGUACUUCAUACCUAAGUUUCUCAAGUAAUAAAUAUGAGAAGGUUUGCAUGUCCCAGGGGAUUAUAGGACUUUAAUUAAUGCCUACCGUUUUUCUGAUGACUGGAAAAUAAAGUAUGAAAAUCGCUA